AUGGCCCAACCUGGCACCGACUGCCCGGCAGCGCCCCUCUCUUCUAGCGGGCUGCAGACUGGCUUCAGGUGCGCUGAUCUCCGAGGAGCCUCUGGUCUGUUUCCUGCCAUAUUGAACCUGGCCAGUAAUGCAGACAUCAGUGCUAAUGCCACGUGUGGAGAAAUGGAGGCGGAGAUGUUCUGUAAACUGGUGGAGCACGUUCCAGGACGACGGCUUCGAAACCCACAAUGUGGCGUCUGUGAUGCCACCACCAAAGAUUACCGACAUCCAAUCACAAACGCCAUCGAUGGAACCAACAACUGGUGGCAGAGUCCCAGUAUAAAGAAUGGACAGUUUCACUGGGUCACCAUCACAGUGGACCUGAGACAGAUUUUCCAGGUCGCCUAUGUCAUCAUCAAGGCAGCUAACUCACCCCGUCCAGGGAACUGGAUCCUGGAGCAUUCUCUGGAUGGAGUGAACUUUGACCCCUGGCAAUACUACGCCAUCAGUGACACCGAGUGUCUGACGCGGUAUAACAUCACCCCCCGCCUCGGCCCCCCCACCUACAAGAGAGAUGAUGAGGUCAUCUGCACCUCCUACUACUCCAGACUAGUUCCUCUGGAACAUGGAGAGCACUCACAGAAAGUAGUUCCAUAUCAGCACACCUCCUGGCAUUCCAUAGAAGGGUCCGUCCCUGUGGUCAGCAGGCAAUACUUCUACUCCAUCAAAGACAUUUCAGUGGGUGGGAUGUGUAUCUGCUAUGGACAUGCUCAGAGCUGUCCCUGGGACUCUGUCACCAAGAAGCUGCAGUGCGUGUGUGAGCACAACACAUGUGGAGAGAGCUGUAAUGAGUGUUGUCCUGGUUAUCAUCAGGAGCCAUGGCAACCAGGAACCAUCUCUGAUGGAAACACCUGUGAGAAGUGUAACUGUCAUAACAAGACAGUUGACUGUUAUUAUAAUGAGACUGUUGCAGAGCUCAAGCUGAGCGUAAAUAUCCAGGGUCACCACCAGGGCGGCGGUGUUUGUAUUGGCUGUAGCCAGAACACGGCAGGUGUCAACUGUGAGACCUGCGUGGAUGGAUUUUAUAGACCACAUGAGGUGUCUCCUUAUGCAGAUUUUCCUUGUGUGGACUGUAAUUGUGACCUGAAGGGAUCCCAGUCUGCAACCUGUAUCAAAGAUGACCACCACCCACAAGGAGAGAGAGGUCAGUGUGUGUGUAAGGAGGGUUUUGCUGGUCGGAGGUGUGAUCAUUGUGCGUUUGGCUUCAGAGACUUCCCCUUGUGUUCACCGUGUCAGUGUAACCUGGCAGGAAGCAUCAACACAGACCCCUGUACUGAGUGUGUCUGCAAGGGUAAUGUGAUGGGGGCUCACUGUGAUCUCUGUAAACCGGGUUCAUACAACCUGCAGGCCUCCGACCCACAAGGCUGCUCUGACUGCUUCUGCUUUGGAGUGUCUGAUGUGUGUGAGAGCUCUGCAUGGUCCACUUCCCAGACAGUCGACACGAACGCUUUGCUCCUUCCCUCUAAAUCUGUCUCUACCUACACUGCCGCUUUCACCCAUGACAACCACAUCCCUGCCUCUAGCAACCUCUCUCAUGACAACCACAUCCCUGCCUCUAGCAACCUCUCCCAUGACAACCACAUCCCUGCCUCUAGCAACCUCUCCCAUGGCCGCACCCACCGACAACUGUUUUCAUGGGAGGCUCCCAAGAAAUUCCGUGGUAACAGGCUGGCGUCUUAUGGAGGUUAUCUAAACUAUAGUGUGUUUUAUGACAUGCCAUUGCACAACCAGGACCACUUUAUGGCUGCCUACUGUGACAUCAUCAUCAAGGGGAAUGGCAGAGCUCUCCAUCUGUCCUCUCCCAUCCUCCUACUCUCUCCUCUGGCAGGACAGUCGGUUUCACUGCAGAUGGUCCCACAGACAUUUAUGGAUGUGGACAUGGGCAUGCAUGUUUCCCGAGAUGACCUGAUGUCUGUUUUAGCCGACGUGGCAUCUCUGAGGGUCAGAGUUCAUCUCAACAUCUCUGUUGUUGGGCCGAUACGUCUGGGCAGGGUGUCUCUGGAUUUAGCUGAUCCGAACACAGUGAAUGGUGUCCAGGCGUCAGCAGUGGAACAGUGUGAGUGUCCCUGGGGCUACAGCGGCACUUCCUGUGAGUCUUGUUUGACAGGGUUCUAUCGUGUGGGAGGGAUUCUGUUUGGAGGAAACUGUAUGCAGUGUGAAUGUAACGAUCACGCCACCGAGUGUGACAACAACGGAGUCUGCCUGGGUUGUAGUCACAGUACUACAGGGUCUCACUGUGAGCAGUGUCUUCCUGGGUUCUAUGGCGAUGCCACAGAAGGAACCACUGCUGACUGCCAACGCUGCGCCUGUCCUCUGACACACCUGUCCAAUAAUUUCAGUCCUACUUGUGUAGUGGAGGAUUCUGGGAAAGUGUCAUGUGACCAGUGCCAGGAGGGUUACACCAGUACCAAGUGUGAGAGGUGUGCUAAUGGUUUCUAUGGCAACCCAGUGGUGUUGGGAGGUAUGUGUGUGCGCUGCGAGUGUAACGGUAACGUUAACGUCAGUGAGGCGGGUCACUGUGACUCCGUCACAGGAGUCUGUCUUCGUUGCCUCAGAAACACAGCAGGACAACACUGUGACAUUUGUCAGCCCGGUUACUAUGGAGACGCCAUCAAUGCCAAGAACUGCCAGGAGUGUGGGUGCCAUGCCAGUGGUGCGCUCUCCAGUCUGUGUGAUUUCACUACAGGACAAUGUGUCUGCAGACCCAAUGUCGUGGGAGUCAAAUGUGACCAAUGUCAGGCUGGUUUCUAUGGGCUGCAGAGUGGGCAUGGCUGUGAAGCCUGUAACUGCAGCCAAUCAGGCUCUGUCUCUGAAUCAUGUGAUAAGGAGGGGCGAUGCAAGUGUGUUGUGGGUGUAGCUGGGGACAAGUGUGACCGUUGUAACCAAGGUUACCACAACUACUCCGAUAAUGGAUGUAAAGCAUGCAGCUGUGAACACACUCACGGCAACUGUGACCCGGCAACAGGUUCGUGUAUCUGCCCCCCCAACACACAGGGGGAGGAGUGUGAGAUGUGUGAGAGAGGAUUCUGGGGUCAUGACCCUGUCAAUGGAUGUAAGUCAUGUGACUGUAGUGCAACGGGAAGCUCCUCCCCUCAAUGUAACCUGACCGAUGGCCAGUGUCCCUGUCUGCCUGGCUUCGCAGGCAGGUCGUGUGACCAAUGUAUGCUCGGUUACCGUGGCUACCCAGAGUGCACAGCAUGUGGCUGUGACAUGGCAGGAACACAGGCGUUUUGUAACAAAACAACAGGAGUGUGUGGCUGUGAGGAGACAGGGGCCUGUGUGUGUAAGGAGUGUGCUCCAGGUUAUCAUCAUCAGCCGGCAUCAGAGCUGGCUGGGUGGAGCAGCAGACAGCUCUACAUCAGACCCUGUGUUCCCUGCCAGUGUAACAACCACACACACACCUGUGACCUGGACACUGGAGACUGUCAGAGCUGCCAGCACCACACCACUGGGAGGCACUGUGAGCUCUGUGCCCCAGGGUAUUAUGGGAAAGUUACAGGGUCAAUCAAUGACUGCUCCCUGUGUGCCUGCCCCCUAAAGGACAACAGUUUCAGUCCUACCUGUGAGUUGCAGGGAGUGUUUGGUGAUUUCCGCUGUACAGCCUGUCAGCCGGGGUAUGAGGGGAGAUACUGUGAGAGGUGCUCGGUGGGGUUUUUCGGGGACCCCUCGGUCUCUGGUGGACUGUGUCAGUCUUGUACGUGCAGUAUCUGGGGCUCCGUGCAUGCUGUUUGUGACGCCCUGACAGGCCAGUGUGAGUGUAAACUGGGGGUCAAAGGUCAGAUCUGCAAUCAGUGUGACGAGAGGCUCGUCCUGGAGGGAGGACAGUGUUUGUCUUGUGAUGAUGACUGUACUGGGGCUUUACUGGACUUACUGGACGUGAUGAACCGGCGCUUCCUGUCUGUCAAUCUGACCGGUCUUAGCCGAGCCCCUUACAGCCAGCUGGUGGUGCUAGAAAACCAAACCACAGAUGUACAGUCUCUGUUGGCAGAGGACAGCGCUCUCGCCCUCCAUCUGACCAGAGUGGGGGAGGAGUUGAGUCAUGUGACCUUGGAGCUCAGCUUGCUGCAGGAUCAGGCCAUCCAUCUGUCUGUGGACCUGCAAGAAGUGGGCAUGUCAACCAAUGCAAGUCUUUCCCAUGGUGUUUUUCUGCUUGAAAACAUUCAGAGUCUUCAGGAGCACAUCCAUGAGCUGGUGGCGGAGGCGGGACAUCUGAACCGGACCAAGAAGGAGAAGCUCGGUUCUGUCAAUCUCGUCCAUCUGCUGAAGGAAGUCACAUCCAUUUUGGAAACAAUCCGAGCUGUUAAUCUCUCACCCGCAAGUGCCACUGUAACUCAGGAGCAUAGUGCUGCUGAGUCUGUGCUACAGGCGUUGCAUUUACACUUCCUGUCCACCUUGGGGGCGACAGAGAGCAGGACUCAGGCUUUGUCUUUUUCUCUGUGGAAACACACAAACACACUGCAGGAUGCACAUGCACAGCUCAUCAACGCAGAGCAACGCAACAAUCACACCCACACCCUGCUGGCAGCCAUCAACACGCCACUCAGCAAAUACCUGUCUUCCAGUAGUGUAGCUGAGUCAGUAGAGAUGGUAAUGGAGGAAUGUCAGCAUCUGCUUGAAGAAGCUGUCAGCCUGACAGAGGAGCUCUACAACAUGACUGCUCAGGUGGAGGUGUUGGGUGGUCAGGCGGAGCAGUGGCGCCCCCUGGUGAGGAAAGGUGUGGACCGUCUGGUGAUGGGAAUGAAGAGGAGCAACGCUUUAGAUGUUGUCUACAGAGCCGAAGAACAUGCACGACACCUGGAGAGAGAGGCUGACACUCUCCACCGUUCUGUGUAUACAGUGAGUAAUACAUCCCAUAAUAGCAGCAGUUCACUUCAGGCCAAAGGGAACAUCAGAGCAGAUCUGCAGUCAGCUGAAGAUACAGCAGCACUGGCUCUAAACAUGACUACCCAAUCAGUGGUGUUUUUAGUGGCAGAGGGCGGGGCUAUUAUCAACCACAGCUCCUCAGUCCUGGAACGAAGCCACGAGCUCAACAAGACAAGUCAUGGUCAGCAGGGGAAUGUCAGCCCAGUCACAGCUCGACUGGGAUUGGUCAGAGAAACCGUCCAUAACACCAGCCGUCACCUCCCUCAGUCAAUCAGCAAUCUACACACCCUAUCAAAUGUAAGUUCCAGAGCAGCGGUGCAGGAGGCCAGAGAGUUGACUGCUGUAGUUCAGUCCAACCUGCAGAUGGCGAUGAAGCAUCUUGAGGAGCUGAGAGCGCGUCUGGAGCAUUCUUCUUCUGCGGUGGAACAGGCCAACAACACAGUGAAGAACACAAACACGCUGGUGACAGACUCUCAUAGCACUGCCAAUGAAGCGCAGCGUAAGCUUGAGGAGGCGGAGCAUCGUACAGAACGUUUGAUGGACAGGAUGAAGCCGCUAAGUAUUCUGGGAGAAACACUGGGCCGCAACCUGUCUGACAUCCGAGAGCUAAUUAAGCAAGCAAGGAGACAGGCUGCCUCGAUAAAGGUGGCUGUACAGUCAGACAGGGACUGUGUUCGGUCCUACAGACCAGAGAUCUCCUCCAGUAACUUGAACACCCUGUCCGUCACUGUGAAAACCAGUCACCGUGAAAACCUGCUCUUCUAUAUGGGCAGCCGGACCAUGGUUGACUUUAUAGCGGUCCAGAUGCAUGCUGGAAAGGUUUCUCUGCUCUGGGAUCUGGGCUCCGGCAGCACCAGGCUGGAGUUCCCUUACCUGGACAUCAGCAACAACAAAUGGACCCAUAUCAAUGCUACACGGUUCGGAGCCCGUGCCUCUCUCUCUGUCCACCAGCUGGAGUCAGACUCCAACCCGCUGGCCGUGGUAACCGCAUCAUCACCAGGAACGGCCCGCCUUCUGGAUAUAGACAACACCACUGUUAUUUACAUCGGAGGACUGGCAAGAGAUAUUGAGAAGCCUGCUGCGGUGAGUGUGUCUACGUUUCAGGGCUGUAUGGGAGAAGCGUCACUAAACGAAAAGAACAUUGGCCUUUGGAACUACUAUCAGCGAGAAGGAGCGUGUGGGGGCUGUUUCACCAGUCCCCAGUCAGAGGAGACUGCCUUCCAUUUUGAUGGGACUGGUUUUUCCGUUGUUGAGAAAUCACUCCGAUCCACCAGCACCUUCAUCGUCCUGCUGUUCAAAACCCUCUCACCCAACGGCCUCCUGCUCUACUUGGCUUCUAAUGACACCAGGGACUUCCUGUUCAUAGAGCUUGUUGAAGGGCGUGUCCGUUUGACCUUUGACCUGGGGUCUGGAGCUCUUACCCUCACCUCCAGUAAGACGUACAACAGUGGAGUGUGGUACAAGAUUACACUGCAAAGAAACAAACGCAAAGGUUACCUGUCCAUCAUGGCUGGUGACCAGCCAUCAGAGAAGGAGGUUUUGGAGGCGGAGUCCCCAGGGACUGCCUCGGAUCUGAACCGUUCUGAUUUCGACCCGAUCUACAUUGGAGGACUUCCUGUUUCCCGGCCAAUCAGGAGACAGGUUGUUUCCAGGUCGUAUGUUGGUUGUAUAAAAAAUGUGGAGAUCGCACGCUCAAACUUUGACCUCCUACGGGAUGCAUACGGGGUCAAAAAGGGCUGUGUGUUGGAGGCUGUGAGGAGUGUGUCUGUGCUGAGAGGAGGCUUCAUUCAGCUGCCGGCGGUCUCUCUAGACCAGCAGGGAGAGCUCUUCCUCUCCUUCAGCACCAGGAACACGUCAGGAAUCCUGCUGGCUGCUUUCAACAUGGCGGCCAGACAGCGAGCACGCCGGCACAGCAGAGCGUCCUUCCUGGUUGUCCAGCUGGUUUCAGGACAUGUGGAGGCGGAGCUUAGCUUGGGGGGCGGGGCCAGUGUGCAGGCAGUGGUGAAAAGUCGGAGCAGAUCAUUCUCUGAUGGACUGGAUCAUUCUCUCAUCAUCACCAGGAACAGGAAGACUCUGUCCAUCCAGGUGGAUGAGCACCAUAGAGAGUCAAUCUCCCUGUCAUCAGGAGGCUCGUCCCUUCUGCCCCUGUCCUCUCUUUUCAUUGGUGGGCUGCCGUCAGGGCAGCGGCCCAGGCUGCCAAUCAGAUUACAGAAGACUGCCAGGUCCUUUCAUGGAUGCAUACGCAACAUAGCAGUGGACAGAGUGCUCAUCGACCUAUCCAGAGCUGUGAGGUAUGAGGGGGUGGAGUUAGACAGCUGCCUACUAGAGGAGAAGGCUGGUGGGGCGGUGCUUCCUGAUGACCAGGAAGUUGAACCCACACCUGACCACGCCCAGCCCCCUGUAGCUCCUCCCACUCAGAGCAGCACAUUCACACCAGGAACACUGACGUGUGUGUCUGCUGAGGAACCAAGCUUCCUACCUUCAGCCAAUCAGUUCGGUUUAUCCAAACACAGUCACAUGACCUUCACCAUCAACCCCAACGCCGUUCGUAAGAGUUUCUCGGUGCAGGUGUCAGUGCGUACCCACUCCCACAAUGGUUUGAUCUACUACACGGCUAAUGCCAACCACAUGGACUACGCCAUGCUGCAGCUUGUGGGGGGACGGCUGGCGUUUACAGUAGACCUUGGCAAAGGACCGGCCUCUGUUAGGUCCUCUGUUACUGUCAACGAUGGACAAUGGCACACAGUACGUACAGAAUUCAGUAGGCGUUCUCUCUCUCUCUCUGUGGACUCCAUGUCUUCAGAAGCUCUCUCUGUCAGAGGAAACCAGCUGAAUGUAGACAACACACUCUAUCUGGGAGGACUGCCACACACACACACUGCCAAGAGGACAGGCAACGCGAGUCACAGUGUAGCAGGCUGUGUCCAGGCAUUGAGUGUCAAUGGUGUCAGACUGACGAGCCCGACCUCUGAGCAAAACACUGCUUCCUGUUUCAGCCAACAGCAACCAGGAAGUUACUUCCAUGGCACAGGAUAUGCUGCGCUCAUGCCUGAGGGCUAUAAGGUUGGAUCAGACAUGUCGGUGUUUAUGGAGUUUCAGAGCAGCCAAUCAGAAGCCGUGUUACUGGGGAUCAGCAGUGCCAAAGUCGAUGCUAUUGGCCUAGAGAUCAUCAAUGGACAGGUGGUGUUUCAUGUGAACAAUGGGGCAGGCCGCGUGUCGGUGGCGUCAUUGGUGUGGGUGUGUGAUGGGCGCUGGCAUCACCUGGUGGCCAGGAAGAGCAAACACACCCUGACUCUCACUGUGGAUGGGAGGAGUAACGUGACUCAAAACCCCUACCCACAAUCCACCUCUGCAGAAACCAACAACCCCAUCUACCUAGGAGGCUACCCUGAUGGAGUUAAACAGAACAGUCUGUCCAGCAGGUCAAGCUUUAAAGGUUGUAUGAGGAACCUAAAGCUUGUUAAAGGUCAUGGGACUGAAACUCUUGACCUAAGCUCCGCCUUCAUGCUGUCAGGAGCCACUCCCAAUACCUGUCCUGCUGCCUAGCAACCAAGUCUGACUCCUAUUGGUUUGUUGUCUCCACAGUAUGAAUCCUUUUGUUCAACAGAUACAUCCAGCCCUCUUCCUAUUUUUCUAGUAAUCCUGUCUACACCUGCAGCCUCCAGCUAGCCAGCUAGCAGCCUCCAGCUAGCCAGCUAGCCAUGCUAGCAGUCUCCCACCAGACCCGUUAGCCUUACAAAAGCCUGUGACAAAUGAGUUAUUUUAAGACAAGGCUAAAGAAAGGUCACCAAAAGCAGCUGGAAAUGUAUGACGCCAUGCUUUAGAAGGAAAACCUCAUUGUGGAAAAUCAACCAAGUACCGGAGACCCAACAGAAGUCUCAGAUGAUGUGUCCAAUCCUUUCUUUCAUUUCAUUCAGCACCUGAUUAGAUCUUCCUCUAGUAAUACAGUAUGUAAAACAAACUCCAAGGAAUGUUAAUGAUGACAACCAAACAUUUUGUUUUACAAAUGUCCGACAAAUGUGUUAGUCUGUUCUAGAGAAUUCCUGUUGGUUAAUAAAAAGCAGC